AGUUUGUUCUUCCUCUUUCCUUGCUCAUUCACCAUGGAUAUUCAAACCGAAAAGGCCUACCAGAAGCAACACGGUAUCUUCCAGAACUCCAAGAACGCCUCCAAGCGCAACAAGCGUUGGGUCAAGGACGUUGGCCACGGUUUCAAGACCCCCAAUGAGGCCAAGUACGGCAACUACGUUGACAAGAAGUGCCCCUGGGCUGGUGAGGUCAACAUUCAGGGCCGUAUCUUGACUGGUGUUGUCAUCUCUAACAAGAUGAAGCGCACCAUUGUCCUUCGUCGUGACUACCUUCACUACGUCCCCAAGUACAACCGUUACGAGAAGCGCCACACCAACAUCUCCGCUCACUUGUCGCCCGCUUUCGACAACUUGGCUGUUGGAAACGGUGACAUCGUUACUGUUGGUCAGUGCCGUCCCCUUUCCAAGACCAUCCGUUUCAACGUCUUGAAGGUCCAGAAGGCCAAGAGCGCUUCCAAGCAGUUCACCAAGUUCUAAGUUAUCUCUACUAGCACUUGAUCUUUUAGUUGUUGUUGCUUCCAAUUAAUAAAAAACCAUUGAGGGGUUGUUCAACAAUGAACUUGGAUUUAAAAAAGU